UUGGCAACCAAACAAAUCACAACAGUUGGUUUCAACGGUCAGUCCUUUUCCCGGACAAAAGUAUUUUCCAUUUCCUCCUUUUUUCUUCUUCCUUUACUUCCUCUUCUUCAUAAUUGUUCAUCUCAAUUCACCGUAAGAAGCUUGCCUCAUUGAAUUGGGAAUGGGAUUCUCAGCUUUGUCUUGCAACGUUAGGAACUACUUUAUGCAUCAAUUAAGGCUUUUUGGUAUUCAUCCAGUUCUGAACCGUAUGGUAUCCUAGAGCAGUUGUCAUGGAAAUGGCUACAAACGGUGCUUUACCUUCCAAAGUACAAAGGAAUUUGAAGGGGUUUUCAACAGUCCUAAAGUCUGCUGCUUGUGAAUGGUUUCUGAUCUUUCUGCUGUUUAUUGAUGCUGCCUUAUCUUACCUGCUGACAAGAUUUGCACGUUACUGUGAACUGCAAAUACCGUGCAUUUUAUGCUCUCGGCUUGAUCAUGUUUUUGGAAAUGAAAAACCUGGAUUUUAUUGGAAUCUACUUUGCAGCAAUCAUAGGUCAGAGAUUUCAUUGUUGAUUUCCUGCAACAUUCAUGGCAAGCUUGUUGAUGGUCGUGGUAUGUGUGAGAAUUGUCUCUCAUCACACAUUGAGGAAAACAAAUCCAACUCAGAUACGCAGAGGCCCUUUGUAGGAAAAUUGGGGUUUGAUCCUGCAGGUUUUGGAAAUUGUGGUUUCCAGAGCUCAUUUUUCAACAUGGAUCUUACUCCUUCUAAAUGCACUAGCUUGUGUCUAUGUUGUAAUAAACCUUGGAUUCCAAGACCAAAUGCCCAAAGAUUUCUUCCCCUAAAAUCAACUGGCAUUGCACUUGCGAAUCCAAACAUUCCUUUAUCACAUCGCUUAAGCCAUCAAAAUGGUUUGAAGAAGAUAAGGGAUAAGUUUUCUGCACCAGCAGCAACCCAUCUUGUUGGAAAAACUGGAUUUGAUCCCUUGUCUCAUGUAGGAUACACUGAGCUGAAGAUCACUUCUGAAUCAGAGUCUGAGGUUCCAUUUUCUGAUGAUGAGGAUAACGAUAGUAUAGUUAGUGAUAUGAAUGAGAAUAAGAAAGAAUCUUUAGUUCACUGUGCUCCUGAAACUCCACCUAAAAGACUGUGCAACAAUUUGGCUACAACAAAACAGCCAGAUGCUAAUGAACCUUGUAAUGUUACAUGUUCGGAUCCAGAUGUCCCCAGCGAGAAUGAUGUUUGUGAGCAUAAAGAGCAGCUGGCUGAUCAGAAAACCAAUCCUUCUGUACUACCUGAGCUUAUUUCUCUAGAUGAUAUUCCUCCAUCAUCCUGUUUUGUGGAAGUUCCAAGCUUCAGUGCUUCGUUACUGUCUGAUCUUAUUUCUCUAGUUGAUACUCCCCCUAAAAUUGAUGUUACGGAAGUUGCUCUUGAAACAUCGUCAGAAAAGUUGGCAGAUGUUAUUGAAACAAGUAAAAAUGAAAAUAUUUCCAUCAACAAGAAUUAUGAAAUCUUGAAGUUGAUAAGCACAUCAACUGGAGUUGGUUUCAAAACUGAUGAAGCUGUAGAUGAUACUGCCGUGGUGAAUUCAACUGAUGAGGAUCUCAGUGCUCUGCAUAAGUCACCUGUCUGUGGUGAAGAAAAAGGUGCAUCUGUGUUUGUUACAAAACAGCCUAUUCUGAAAUGCAAUAAUAGAGUUAAUGAAGAUCCUAAGUCAUUGCCAGUGCAGAAUUCUUCUGGACAAGGGAUUCAUUUAUCAUCGAACAAUUUAAGUCCUAAGUUACAAGGUCAUAAUGUUGAAUUGCAGAGAAAUAAUGAAUCCAACUCUGAUGAGUUUCAGAAUCUUCAGAACCUAGUCUUUAUGGAAAGAAGUGAAUCUGCUGGCCUUGAAUCUUUGGACGGCAUCAGUGUCAAUGAAACUGAAAGUGAAAAUCUAGUUGAUAGGCUGAAGCGGCAAGUUGAGUAUGAUCGGAAGUGCAUGAAUGCAUUAUAUAAGGAAUUAGAGGAAGAAAGAAGUGCUUCUGCAAUAGCUGCAAAUCAGGCAAUGGCUAUGAUUACAAGGUUGCAAGAAGAGAAGGCAGCUCUCCACAUGGAGGCCCUGCAGUACCUAAGAAUGAUGGAAGAGCAAGCGGAGUACGAUGUAGAUGCCUUGGAGAAAGCUAAUGAUCUUCUGGCUGAAAAGGAGAAAGAACUACAAGAUCUGGAAGCAGAGCUUGAAUAUUACAGACUAAACUUCACAGAUGAAACACUGAUAGAGAAUGUACCUGAGGCAAGCAUCAACUUGAAGAAGGAACAUGUUUCUGUGGAGAAUACAAGUACAUCCUCCAUAAAAGAUGAUCUAAAAUUUUCAUUGAAAACAAUGUUCCCUGAGACUUCUAAACUCAAUGAUAAUCCUAUAGUCAUAUCUGCAUGGUCAGAAUUUGAAGAUGAGAAGUUGUACAUCUCUGAAUGUCUGCAAAUUUUGGAGAGGAAACUUAAUAGGUUUGCUCAUCAUGGGACUUCGCCAUACAUUUCUGAUGGGGAAUACUUUGAUAAAGCAGCGGAUGGAGGCCAACAUCAGCAAGAGUUCCUUGAUGAAAAGGAUAAACAAGUAAUUUGUCAGGUUGAAGGUAAUGAUUUACCAGUGCAGAAAGUUUCAUCAGUAUCUAAUGGAAGUGCUUCUUCUCAAGAAUGGUUGAAUACUUCAAUAACAAGAGCUCAAGGUGUUAGUGAGGGAAAUGGUCUUAUGGUUUCAAAUGGGCAGAAUGGUUCUGAGGAUUGUGGAGAAACUGGUUUGGCUGGUCUUCAAAAUGAAAUUUCAGACCUUAAUGAGAGGUUGGAAGCACUUGAGGCUGACUAUAAUUUUCUUAAGCAUUCUCUAAAUUCCCUUCAAAAUGGAAAUGAGGGGAUGCUUUUUAUUGAAGAGAUACUUCAUCAGUUACGAGAAUUGAGGGAACUUGGGAUAAGGAGUAGAAACAUGUCUGUUUCAUGAGCUUUAUGUGUAUCAUCACAAGAUACAUCCCAGAUUGAGGGUAACUGACCGGAGGCAGAAAUAAAGUAUAUCAGCAUGAAGUUUGAUUCAAAAGUUGCAGGAGUCAAAACUAAUAUCUAUCAGCUUACCAAGAAAUUGUGAAUUAUCAAGAUCAGGUUUUACAUACUAGGCACUACUUGAU